AUGUCUACUGAGAGUUUUCUACUAGCUCUUAGAAGAUUUAUAGCUCGUAGAGGACGGAGCAGAAUCAUAUACUGUGACAACGGAACCAAUUUUGUUGGUGCUUCAAAUGUACUUCAAGACUUAAACUGGAAGCAAAUCACUGAAGACACAUCUAUACAACCAAUUCAGUGGAAGUUCAACCCACCAACUUCCUCUUGGUGGGAAGGCUGGUGGGAGAGAUUGAUAGGAAUUCUUAAGAAAUUUCUGAGACGAGUAUUAGGAAGAGCUUCGCUAACUUCUGAAGAAAUGAACACGAUUCUCUGUGACUGUGAAGCAGUAAUUAAUUCCCGUCCAUUGACAUAUAUAAUUGAAAGUGAUGCUACUUUAAUGCCUUUAAGUCCAUCUCUAUUUCUGCAAGAUAAUCAAAUAAGUGGUGUUCCAGAUCUUGAUGACAUUGGGCAUAAAAGUCUUAAUAAGCGAGUCAAAUAUAGAGAAAAACUUGCAAAAGGAUUUGAAGAAACAGGUUUAGGAAGUGAUAACACCAAGCGAAUCAAUUGGCCAUUAGGUAAAAUAAUUCAGAUUCUUCCAGGAAAAGAUGGAAUUACAAGACUUGUCAAGCUUAGAACAGCUAAUGGACACUUGCUAAGACCAAUUCAAAGAUUGUAUCCACUUGAAGUUUCCAACGAUGAUCCCAUUAUUGAGAAAUUUUCAACCGCGAAGGUGGGAGGUGAAACUGUGGCCAAUUCUUCCUUUGAUAACGUGUGUGGACUUGAACCUCAGAUUCAAAAGACUAGAGCAGGUCGUACAAUCAAAGUACCUAAGAGACUGGACUUAUGA